CAUUGACUGACGUACGAUCCGUACCUGGCCUGCCAUCCUGAAGAAGAGCGAAAUGCUAAGAGCUAACGGAACGUUUCGGUGACUGACAUUCCAGCGGCGGGAGACAGCAGCAUUCUCAAGGUAUUCUCAUCUAUCGGUGUAAUGGGUCCAGUUCCAGUCAAGGCCUAUCUCGAUGUCCUGCUUGCAACUUAACCGAGGUUCUUCACUUGUGUUGUGCAGAAACGUUAAAGGUAUAAUACGGGAUAGGUAUGGUGAACUAUGGUCUUGGCUUCCAUCUGAUAGGUCUAGAUUUAUACUGCGUUGCCAUUUGCGAUUCUCUCUCUCUCUCUCUCUCUCUCUCUCUCUCUUUCUCUCUUUCUCUUUCUCUCUCAUAUCUCUCCCGAAGGCGGUGCUCAGGCAUGGAUAUGGAUGUGGGCAACGAACUGGCGACAUCUCGAUCUUGCUUAGCAUCUAGGAACAAACAUCUAGCAAGACACGACGCGCGGUCCAAGGGCCAGGAAUUACGAAAGUCUUACUUUUCUCAUGGAAAUAUCACAAUGGCCUACCUACCUACUACGUCUGCUGAUGGUAUCUCGAGAUCAGGGCUCGAGGGUGCGAUCUCCUGGCUUGAGGGUCUGAUCACGAUUUGGCUUGGAAGGGACUGGCGGGUAAUGCCGACGAGAAGGGGGUUCAUAUGGGUAAUAUUACUUAUUCCUGUCGGGAUCGAGAUUGUGAUUUGGGGGUUCAACGUCAGCGUCAACGUGAGGUUUCUAGAUUGGGAUUGGAGAGCUUCUUGCUACCGGGAGGAUGAGCGGGGUAAACUAACUACCUACAGAUGUGAACACCCCGCUUAUGACCUCCUCGAUAGGACAUGGUUAGGGGUGAGAAACUUGCAAAGAAAAGGGGACAUUGGGGAAAGGUGGAAGAGGAGUUGGAGAUCUAUACGACUCUGUGGCAUUGGCGAGGGUUUGUAGGGAGCCACGCGUGUAGGUUAAUUAGGCUUUGAAAUACCUUACUCUCUGGAUCUGGUGGGGGCAUGGUGGUCUCCCGCU